AGCGCCGCGGUCUGGCGGAGACGGCCGGUGAAACCCCUUCUCGCCACGUAGCGGUAGCGCUCGCGACCCUUCUCUCUCUCCCCCCUGACCCGCGACCGACCAGAGUCCAGAGCAGAGAACACCAAACCCAAAUCGAUCAGCCAAGGACGCAGCAGAGCAGCUUGUAGUACUUGCAGCCGGGCCGCGCUCGCAUAAUCGCAUUGCGUACUUGCGUGGCCGGAUCCGUCGGUCGGCGGAGAUGGGGCUGGAGAUGGAGACGCUUUUGCAGGUGGGAGCAGAGCGGGAAACCGCGGCGGCGGCGGCGGAGAGAGCGCGGGAGCAGCAGGCGGUGGAGAUAUACCCGCUGAGCCGCUACUACUUCGGCGCCAGGGACCCGGCCAGCCCCGCCCGCGCCGAGACCGCCGCCGACCGCGCGCUCCGCCUCAAGGCCAACUUCGCGGCUCACGGGCUCCGGACCUGCGUCCAUGGCGUGCUCCUGGUGGAGCUGCUGGGCCGCCCGCACCUGCUGCUGCUGCAAGCCAGGAACUCCUCCUUCCUGCUCCCCGGAGGCCGCCUCAGGCCUGGAGAGCAAGAUGUUCAAGGGCUGAGACGCAAGCUUUCGAGCAAGCUAUCGGCUGACGGCCACCAACAAGAGGACUACGGAUGGCAGAUUGGAGAGUGCAUUGGGAUGUGCUGGAGAUCCGACUUCGAGUCCGGACCAUUUCCGUAUCUGCCUCCGAACACUCGUGCGCCUAAGGAAUGCACAAAGAUGUUCUUGAUUCGGCUGCCAAUGUCUCGCCGGUUCAUCGUUCCAAGGAACCUGAAGCUGCUAGCCGUGCCUCUGUCCCAGAUUCAUGACAAUGCCCAGGUGUAUGGUCCAAUCAUAUCUGGAAUUCCGAAUCUGCUAUCCAAGUUCUCCUUAAACGUUGUGCGUGACUGAGAGAUGCUUCCUAUGCAUGGUGGUCAUAGGACAGUACACAGACAAUACCAGAUAAAACUAUUUGUACUUGCCAGCAGCUUGGUAUCUUCUGUUUUCAGUUCUUUUUCUGGCGGUGUACUUGUGUAUUAUUGUUGUACAUUUUUGGCAUGUAAAGUUGUGAAGUUUUUGUACAUAAAAACAUGAUUUUGGCAUGUAAUUAAUAUCGGUUUGAAACU